AUGUCGGCAAAAUUGAACGAGGCCCAAGAACACUGCAAAGCAGCCGAAAAGUUUUUGAAGACAUCUUUCUUACGGUGGAAACCUGAUUAUGAUUCUGCAGCUGAUGAGUACAAUCAAGCUGCACAAUGUUACCGCAUAGCCCGGGAUUUGAAGAGCUCUAAGGAAUGCUACAUAAAAGCAUCAGAAAUGUAUAAGAAAAAUCAUUCUUUUUUCCAUGCUGGCAAGGCCCUUGAGAAUGCCAUUAUUGUUAGCAAAGAAAUAUCCACCCCGGAUGAGAUAUAUACUUUGGCUCGUGAUUCUAGCAGCCUUUAUCAGCAACAUGGUUCAGGAGACUCUGGUGCUAAUGUGUUAGACAAGGCUGCAAAAAUAUUAGAAGAGAAUUCACCGGAGAAAGCAGUCUUGUUAUAUCAGCAGGCUGCGGAUGUGUCAUGUACUGAAAGUAGCCAACAUCAAGGGUCUGAAUAUAUCAGCAAAUCUUCUAGAAUAUUGGUGAAACUGCAGAGAUAUGAUGAAGCAUUAGACAGUCUUCGUCGGGAGAUUGGUUUUCAUCAGGAAGCUGGUAACAUUGGAGCUGUAGGUCGCUUAACUGUCGCAAUUGUUUUGGUUCAGUUGGCACGAGGAGAUGCUGUUGCUGCUGAGAAAGCUUAUAAAGAAUGGGGAAGCAAUUGUGAAGUACCCGAAAUGCAAACCAUUGAAAUGCUACUGCAAGCUUUUGAUGAAGAGGAUAGGGAAUCUGCAAAGAAAGCACUGGCUUCGCCAUUCAUACGCAGCAUGGAUGUUGAGUAUGCUCGACUGGCAUCUACAAUACCACUGCCUGAAGGAAUUGAGCCGCUACCAAAACCGACAUUCCGGGAGAAUGCUGCACCGUCUUAUGUCAGUCCUAAUGCUUCUUACAUGCAGCAACCACAAGAUGAAAAAACUCCGGACAAGACUCUUGAUGAUAAGAAAACUGAUGACGAAGAUGGAUUGUGU